AUGUCCGGCUCUGAGCUUUUUGAGUCAUAUGAAAAUGACUUUAGCCAGAUUUCUGCUUCUAUUGGAAAUAAAAUAAACAAGACAAUUCCUUCGCAGGCCGGAGAGAAACGGAAGGCUACUACUCGAGCUGCCGAACGUGAAAUUGAAGAGGCAGAAGAAAUUAUAGAGCAAAUGGAAAUGGAACUGUUAAAUACACAACAAUCAACACGCACACGCCUUCAAGCAAGAUUAAGAGGGCAUAAGAGUGAUCUAGAGAAAUUGAAACGUGAUUUGAAAAGAGCUAGUUCUCGUGUUUCCGGGCCAACAGAUCGUGAAGAACUACUUGCUGGCACAAAUGGAACUGAUCUUGAUAGUGCUUCUAUGGAUCAACGUGCUCGUCUUUUAACUGGAACCGAAACUUUGGCUGAUAGUAGUCGUAGAUUACAAGAUAGUCAUAGAAUUGCUUUAGAAACCGAAACUAUCGGUGCUAAUGUUUUGGAAGAUAUUCGUAGACAAAGAGAACAAAUCUUACAUAGCAGAAAUACCUUAAUGGAAGCGGAUUCAUAUAUUGACAAAGCUCAACGUACUCUUAAGGGCAUGGCUCGCAGGUGA